AUGUAUGAAGCUGCGCAGGAAGAUAGCCGAAAUAUGCGCGCAACUCUUAAGGAUGAUGAGAUUGUACCUUACACUGUUGACACCGGGGAUCUUGCUAUCGCUCCACCUGGCAUGGAUCCCGCUGCGCUGCGCUGA